CAUCCCCCCUUCCCCAUUCUCUCUCUCUCUCUUCUUUCUUUUAUUAAUUAUAAUUAUUAUUUCCAUUUCUUCUUACCGCCUCCGGCCUGAAACCAAUCUUUAAUGACGUCUCAGGAGAAAGGCCGGCCGCUGCCAAAAUUCGGUGAGUGGGACGUGAACAAUCCGGCCUCCGCCGAUGGUUUUACGGUCAUUUUCGCAAAGGCCAGAGAUGAGAAAAAAGGCGCCGGAGCCGCCGCGACCGCCGCCUCUCAGGCAGCGAAACCGAUCAACGACAGACGGAACGAGUCUUACAAAGAACCCCCGAAAAGAUGGUUUUGUUGCUUCUGAAAUGGACAAAUGAGAAGAAAAAUAUAGGCCAUCGGUGGUGGAUGCUCUAGAGAUGAUGAUAUAUAUAUAGGGGCUGCAUGUGUGGGUAGUGGUGUUUUUUCAUUUUUUACUGCAAUCAUAUGUAUAUAUGUAUAUGUAUGCACCUCAAACUCAAAAAAAAAAAACUUUUUGUGUUGAU